CCGCUCUACGGAUUACACUACGGAGUAUCAACUUUUAGUGUGAGCGCGGCAAGACCAAUGAAAUGAUCAGCUAGCAGUCAGCAAGCCGAGUGGAGCUGGUAUCUCGGGGCGAUCAGCUACCGAGACUGAAUCCGCCGGAAUUCCACGAUUCGCCAUUCAAGGCAAGAUCGUGCUUGAUGUCAGAUGGCUACCCUUUCGUCCAAGACAAGCGCCCAGCGGCCAGUGUCCCCGAAUGUGGAACAGUUGCACUGAUCCAUCGCUCUUUCUUGUUGAGCUUGUUGGUUGAAACGCCCCGGCCAGGCCCCACUCAUGGGCAAGCGAUCCUUAUCCAACUACACAGUACAGUACCGUGUAUGUAUUUGUCUGUACGCAGUACUUCGUAGGGCAGCUCGUGCCCAUGUGCCCACUUUCUCAUCGCCCCCUGGUUCCGUUUUGAGCGCUCAGAAAACGGGGAAGGAGUAUCUAGUGUACGACGUUGCAUCGCGCAAGGGGCGGCAGGGCGACCAUGUCCAAGAGGGCCGAUCCGUUACCAGCCAUUCCAAGGCCGACUCCACGCUCUACUACGGAUACAAUGGACUGACGCCAGGCCCGGUGCGGCGACGACAACUGGACAUGGGGAACAAACCUGGGACCAACAGAUACCGAGUUACACAUGCCACUACCAGGCGUCGCGCAUCACAGCUGGCUGUGUGCCAGAAGACUAUACAGCAACUAGCCGCCGUAGUCGCCUCGGCCACUGGCAUGGCACGCAGCGGCGCCCACGUUUGGCCGGAUUUUCUGGCCUCUGACCUCCAGCUUUUGUCCUGCCGUCCGACACAUACCUACAUCCAGGACCGUACCUCCUGCUCUGGAGAGGAGUACUACUCCGUACCAUGGUGCUUCUUGGCCACGGUGCUCCCUGUUGACGCUUAUACGGAAUGCUCGGCCACAGGGGACAUCUAUCCGCUCACCCCAGCUCUUCCAUCUUGGGGGAUAAUAUGGGGGGACAAGGGGAAAUUCGGCAGAAAAGCAUCGACUGACACCAGCAUCGAUCUCGGCUGGCACGCGGCCGAGAAGAGCGGCACAAACGGCGCGGCGCUCAAGACAAUCAGCAUCCGGCAACCCGCGACGGUCGUUGCUUGGGCAAUUUGAAAGUCGCGUAGAUCAUCCCCUUCGCUACCCGGUCUUGCAAUGUUGCUCCCAGUCGCGCGCAUGAAUUCGCCUUCCACGUCGAAGCGACA